GACAGGGGCGUACGCACCUCGGUUCCUCGUCCUCAUCGUUCUCGUUCUCAUGCUUGUACAGCAGCAGCGAACAUGUGUCGGAUUGCAAGACGGCCCAGACGUUCGUCCAUCUGGGUGCGGGUGCCAGUGCGGCUUUGUUUUCCGCACGCCCCCCGACGGGGGCGGCGUCACACGCAAGGUCGACGUAGAUGUGUCCCUGCAUGUUUGCGUAGGGAUGCGUACUUUCCUGUUCUUUCAAAUGGCCGUGCGUUGAAGCGGCAAGGCGCGCUGUGGCAGCAGAACCGCGAAGUCGUUCUGCCCUUGCUGCCUUUAUGGCUGCCGUGUCACGCGUCCUCGCUCUGUCGCAAGGCGAGGCGAGACGACGCGUGCAGAUGGGUGUCGUGUGUCUACCUUGGGGGACAGACGAGGCUCGGCAACGACCCGGCGUGCUCGGUAAUGAGAGCGAGGAGCGCUAGUGCUCCCCGCGGUCAACCGGUCAUCGUGGGUGAUGGGUUGGCUGGCAGGAUCGUAAAGCAGCGCUCGUGUCGUGGGGAGUACGAUGCUCGAGGAUCUUUAGGCUACACGUGAACUGGCGGCGACGUUGACGACGACGAGGAGCGAUGGCAACAUCCAAGGAUUGCUUUAGCAUGCUCUGUCCCAUCUUCUUGUCUCCAUCCCAUCGAGCGA